CCGGCUCCGGUUUAAUCUCCGGCUCCACCGGGAUUACGGCUGUAGGAUAGUUUCUAAUCCGCGGCACCGCGGCGCUGGCCACCGAGGGCUGCUCGCCCCAGCCCGCAGCAGAGGCACCGCCGGAGAGGGGGGCAGACGCCGAGGAGAGCCCUCAGCAAGCCCAGCCGCCUCGUCGCCAUGGACGUCACAGACAUGCCCCUCCAGGCUGAGAUGGUGGAGCUGGUGCCCAACGGGAAGCACGCAGCUGUGCUCACUGCCUCAGCUAUCCCCUCACUGGCUGGUGACAGGUUUGAGGAGAACCAGUCUGGCAUGGCAGAGAUGGAGGAGUUCCUGCCCCAUGGCACUGAGAAGAAGCAGACACACUUCACUGAUUUUGAAGGGAAGACGUCUUUUGGGAUGUCCGUCUUCAACCUGAGCAAUGCCAUCAUGGGCAGCGGCAUCCUAGGGCUGGCCUACGCCAUGGCCAAUACUGGCAUCAUCCUCUUCCUCUUCCUCCUGACAGCGGUGGCUCUGCUCUCCAGCUAUUCCAUCCACCUGCUGCUCAAGUCCUCUGGCAUUGUGGGCAUCCGUGCCUAUGAGCAGCUGGGCUACCGAGCAUUCGGCACGCCAGGGAAGCUGGCUGCUGCCAUCGCCAUCACACUGCAGAACAUUGGAGCCAUGUCCAGCUACCUGUACAUCGUCAAAUCCGAAGUGCCUCUCGUCAUCCAGACCUUCCUCAACCUGGAGGAGAAGACCACGGACUGGUACAUGAACGGGAACUACCUGGUGAUCUUGGUUUCUGUCACCGUUAUCCUGCCCCUGGCCCUCAUGAAGCAGCUGGGCUACCUCGGCUAUGCCAGCGGCUUCUCCCUCAGCUGUAUGGGCUUCUUCCUCAUCUCGGUCAUCUAUAAGAAGUUCCAGAUCCCUUGCCCACUUCCUGAGCAGGAGGGGAACCUCACAGGCAGCCUCAAUGCCACCAUUGUCAGCACCAGUGACUACCAGAAUGGCUACACCAUCCUCCAGGCCCCCGAGCAGGGCACCUGCAUCCCCAGCUUCUUCACCCUGAACUCCCAGACGGCGUAUACCAUCCCCAUUAUGGCCUUUGCCUUCGUCUGCCACCCUGAGGUCCUGCCCAUCUACACUGAGCUGAAGAACCCAUCCAAGAAGAAGAUGCAAUGCAUCUCCAACAUCUCCAUUAUGGUCAUGUACAUCAUGUACUUCUUGGCUGCCCUCUUUGGCUACCUCACAUUCUACGGUGCGCCGGGCUAUCCAGCAGAUGCUGUUCCAAGGGAAGGACUUCAGCUGGAUCCGCCAUGUCACCAUUGCUGUGGUCCUGCUGACCUUCAUCAAUCUCUUGGUCAUCUUUGCCCCCUCUAUCCUCGGCAUCUUCGGCAUGAUUGGUGCCACCUCUGCUCCUUGCCUCAUCUUCAUCUUCCCUGCCAUCUUCUACAUCCGCAUCAUGCCCAAGGACAAGGAGCCACUGCGCUCCCCUCCCAAAAUCUUGGCUGUCUGCUUCGCCCUCGUUGGGGUGCUCUUCAUGAUCAUGAGCUUGAGCUUCAUCAUCAUCGACUGGGCUACAGGAGGGGGGAAGAGCGGCGGCAGCCACUAGCUAGCACCGGGUGCCCACGCCAACCUCCUCCCCACCCACUGGUGCCCCAGGGAAAGCCGGCCCUGGGCUCAGCCCCCAUGCCACAGCCCCACCGGGCUUCCCCAGGGACCCUCCGCUGUCAUUGCCCAUCACCCACGGUGGUGGAGAGGGGAGCCAUAGCAGGUGCGGGGACCCUCAGACCUGUGCCUGAGGGCAGUGAGCUUGGGGCAGGUGCUGUGCUCCCCAGCUCCAGCGGGUACCCUCCCUGUUCCACGCCUCAGUUUUCCCAUCUGUAAAAUGGGGAGAAUAAUACUGCCCUACCUCACCAGGAGCUGGCUGUCAGCUGGAGCUCAUCUCUGCACACCCAGAGCCACUGGCAGUGGGCACUGCCCACCAUGGGGGUUGAGGACUGGGGCACUUUCCUGCUCCCCUCAGACAGCUUUGAAAGCCCUGAUGAACAGUGUCCACGGAGGGCUGGGGUCUGGCAGGGUGGUUGGACCCCUGGCAGCGCCCGUGCGCAAGCCACCCCCUCUCUUUCCCUGCUGUCCCCUCGUCCCCAGUGAGAUGCCACCCCACUGCCCUGGCAUCGCAGGGGCACCCCGGCCCUGUGAGUGAAUGAGGUCCUGCCACCACGGCUGGUGGUACCCAGCCUGCUGCUCUUGAGCCCACCAGGGGAAUGGUUGGCUUCCGGUGCCUGUAGACAGGACCCCGGUGACCCCCAGGCCUUGCUUGGGGACUGGCUGCAUCACUCUGGGGAGGUGGCAUGCCUGCUGGGGGCUUGGUGCCUGCUGGCAUCCUUUCUAUGCUGUGGUUUCGCUGCCUGGGACCUGGCCCCCCAAGGGGUGCAGGUGACAGGUGCGGGGCGCUGGGGGCAGCACUCACUAGGUGCCAGCUUGGGGCUCCAGAGCCACCCCCCCGUCUGCAUGCCCAGGCGCCAGGGUGAUGGGCACCACCUGAACAUACGCCGGCCCUGCUCGCCUUGCACCCAGGGCCAGCACCCCAGCCCCUGCAGCCCACUCCCACCCACCCACCCAUCCAUGCAGCUAGGACACCCCAUGCCAUGCCAAAACCUGCAAAGCGCCUCUCGCCCCGCUCCGCCUCCCUUCCCGGCAUGGCGAGGGCAGCCCGGCAGGGUGGGCAGCACAGGGUGGGGCUGGCCUGCAGCCAAGUACAUAAGAGACAUAUUUUUUUACCAGGGUGCUGGAGGCUGGGAUGCUUUUUAUAAAUACUGUAUAUAAGAGUAGAUCUUUUUUAAUGAGUUGUAUUGCUCUGGGUAGCUCUGUAUAAUGUACAUACCUAUAUGGGGCAGAGGGGGGAGCUGCGACCUGGUGCCAGUGAGGGGCUUGGCAGACCCUCACCAUCAUCCCAGGGCUGCUGGCUGCAGCAUGGCCCCAGCGUCCCUGUCCGAGCCCAGCUACCCCAUGGCCACCCCUGCACCAUGCUGGGGGGGUGAUGCUUUUAAAUUAUCUGUGGGGGUGAUGUCUGUGCUGGUGUGGAGGCCUGCCAGCAAAGCCUCUGGCAGUGCGAAUAAAGAUGUGAACAUG